GCGGGGCGUGGCGGCGGCGGAGGGCGCGGAGCGGCACCGGCCGGGCCCGAGAGUCCCAAGGAUGAAUGGCUCCGAGCUGGCCGGCAGCAGCACGGCCUCCAGCCCCAAGUCCAAGGAGGAUCCCAAAGCCGGGAACGGGCACGAGGAGACGGAGAGCAACCCCUUCGCCGAGUACAUGUGGAUGGAGAACGAGGAGGACUUCAACCGGCAGGUGGAGGAGGAGCUGCAGGAGCAGGAAUUCCUGGAUCGCUGCUUCCAGGAGAUGCUGGAGGAGGAGGAGCAGGAGUGGUUCAUCCCGGCGCGGGAUCUGCCGCAGGGAAUGGCGCAGCUCCAGCAGCAGCUGCACGGGCUGGGCCUGGGCGACGGCCACGGCACCGACGACAUCCUGAGCAAAAGCAACUUGAAUCCAGACGCCAAGGAAUUCGUUCCCGGAGUGAAAUACUGACCUCGGAAAUUCGGGAAUGGCCUGGCCAGAGACUGAAUCCCUGCUCCAGGGAAAAGUUGGGACAUGGGAAGAGCCCGGAGCGGCUCCGGCACCGGGAUCUGCUCCGGCUCCAAGUACUUCUGCUUUUCCCGAAUUUUUUUUUUGUUUUUUUGCUUUUUUUUCCUGGCUUUUCCUCACUUUUUCUUGGCAGUUUUUGGCUUCCUGGGAUUUGCGGUGACCCCCGCCAGCGGGAAAAUCUUGGGGGAAAAAUCAUGGGAAAAAUCACGGGAAUGUCAUGGAAAAAAUCUUGGGGAAAUGACAGGAGAAUCAUGGGAAAAGAAUGCGAAAAUUAAGGGGAAAAUCACAGGAAAAUCUUGGGAAAAAUAAUGGAAAAUCAUGGGAAAAUCAUGGAAAAAUCUUGGGAAAAAUAAUGGAAAAUCACAUGAAAAUCAUGGAAAAAAAUCACAGGAAAAUAAUGGGAAAAUCUUGGGAAAAAUAACGGAAAGAUCAUGGAAAAAGCACAGGAAAAUAAUGGGAGAAUCGCAGGAAAAUCUUGGGAAAAAUAAUGGAAAAUCAUGGGAAAAUCACAAGAAAAGCAUGGGAAAAUCACAGGAAAAUCAUGGGAAAAUCUUGGGAAAAAUAAUGGAAAAUCAUGGAAAAAUCUUGGGAAAAAUAAUGGAAAGAUCAUGGAAAAAUCUUGGGAAAAAUAAUGGGGAAAAUCUUGGCAAAAAUCAUGGGAAAAUCUUGGCAAAAAUCAUGGGAAAAUGACAGGAAAAUUAUGGAAAAAUCAUGGAAAAAUCACAGGAAAAUCAUGGAAGAUCUUGGGGGAAAAUAAUGGGAAAAUAAUGGAAAAAUCAUGGAAAAAUCACGGGAAAAUCACAGCAAAACAAUGGAAAAAUCUCUGGAAAAAUAAUUGAAAAAUCAUGGAAAAAUCACGGGAAAAUCACAGGAAAAUCAUGGGAAAAAUCUUGGGAAAAUUAAUGGAAAAAUAAUGAGAAAAUCAUGGGAAAUCAAUAAUGGGGAAAUAAUGGAAAAAAUCUUGGGAAAAAUAAUGGAAAAUCCCAGCAAAAUAAUGGAAAAAUCUUGGGAAAUAUCAUGGAAAAAAAAUCCCAUGGAAAGCAUGGAAAAAUUGUGGGAAAAUAAUGGGAAAUCAAUAAUGGGAAAAUAAUGGGAAAUCAAUAAUGGGAAAUCAAUAAUGGGAAAAUCAUGGAAAAAUAAUGGGAAAUCAGUAAUGGGAAAAUCAGGUUUUCCUGCUUCCAGAGGAUUUAGGAUUGGGAGCUGCGCUGGAUUUUCCCUGGUCUUUUGGAAUAUGAUUUUCCCUGAUUUUUCCAGAAUGGAAUUUUCCCUGAUUUUUUCCAGAAUAUGAUUUCCCCUGAUUUUUCCAGAAUGGAAUUUCCCCUGAUUUUUCUGGAAUGGGAUUUUCCCUGAUUUUUCUGGAGUGGAAUUUUCCCUGAUUUUUUCCAGAAUGGAAUUUUCCCUGAUUUUUCUGGAGUGGAAUUUUCCCUGAUUUUUUUCCAGAAUGGAAUUUUCCCUGAUUUUUCCAGAGUGGGAUUUUCCCUGAUUAUUCUGGAAUGGAAUUUUCCCUGAUUUUUCCAGAAUGGGAUUUUCCCCUGAUUUUUCUGGAAUGCAAUUUUCCCUGAUUUUUCCAGAGUGGGAUUUCCCCUGAUGUUUUCCCAGAAUGGGAUUUCCCCUGAUUUUUCCAGAAUGGAAUUUCCCCUGAUUUUUCUGGAGUGGAAUUUUCCCUGAUUUUUUCCGGAAUGGGAUUUUCCCUGAUUAUUCUGGAAUGGGAUUUUCCCUGAUUAUUCUGGAAUGGGAUUUCCCCUGAUUAUUCUGGAAUGGAAUUUUCUUUGAUUUUUUCCAGAAUGGGAUUUUCCCUGAUUUUUUCCAGAAUGCGAUUUUCCCUGAUCUUUCUGGAAUGGGAUUUCCCCUGAUUUUUCUGGAAUGGGAUUUCCCCUGAUUUUUCCGGAAUGGGAUUUUCCCUGAUCUUUCUGGAAUGGGAUUUUCCCUGAUUUUUUCCAGAAUGGGAUUUUCCCGUUUUUUUUUUUUUUUUUUUUUCCCAGAAUGGAAUUUUCCCUGAUUAUUCUGGAAUGGGAUUUUCCCUGAUUUUUCUGGAAUGUGAUUUUCCCUGAUUAUUCUGGAAUGGAAUUUUCCCUGAUUUUUCCAGAAUGGGAUUUUCCCUGAUUUUUCCAGAAUGGGAUUUUCCCUGAUUUUUCCGGAGUGGGAUUUUCCCUGCUGGAAGUGAAGGGUUCCGAGGUGCAAUCCCGAAAUUCCUCCCUAUGGAAGCUGAGCAGGGGGAUCCUGCCAAUCAAUCCCAGAGGUUUUUAGGGAAACCUGGAUUUCCCCAAACUCCUCUUCCCCUCAUGGAAUUCCUCAGCUCAUCCAACACUACAGCCCCCAAUUCCUCACGGGUGAAAAAUCCAAGGAAAACUGAAUUCCUGAGAAAAGAGAGGGUUGGGAUGAGGGGGAUUUUGGGAUGUGGUGGGAAUGUCCUGGUGCUGAUCCCUUUUCCAAGGAUCCUGGGGUGGGAUCCGUGUCUCCAUCGGAAUUUGAUCCUGGGAAUUUCCUUCUCCAUCCGUGGGAGCUGCAGCUCCUUAAAUCCCGGCCAAUCCCAAAGUUCUGAAAGGCUCAGAAAUCCAAGGAAAGCAGGAGAUCCUUGGGAUUGGGAAUCCCUGUCCAAGGAAAUCAGGAGC